UCGAUCGCGGAGCCUGGCGCCCGGAGCGCCCAGGGCCAGGUGACACAGCCGUGGGUUCCUGGCGCGGCGCGGACAGUUUCCUCCCCGCCCACUCGCAGGCCGCCGCGCGCGCGCAGGGUCCAUAAAAGCGGCGGCGAGGCCGGGACGCCAGCUGCCCACCGCGGAGCGGCGCGACCAUGCACGUGAACGGCAAAGUGGCGCUGGUGACCGGCGCGGCGCAGGGCAUCGGCAGGGCUUUCGUGGAAGCGCUGCUGCACAAGGGUGCCAAGGUAGCGCUGGUCGACUGGAACUUGGAAGCAGGUAUAAAGUGUAAGUCUAGCCUGGAUGAGAUGUUUGAACCUCAGAAAACGAUAUUCAUCCAGUGCGACGUAGCUGACCAGCAACAGCUGACAGAAACCUUUAGAAGAGUUGUAGACCACUUUGGAAGAUUGGAUAUUUUGGUCAAUAAUGCUGGAGUGAAUAAUGAGAAAAACUGGGAAAAAACUCUGCAAAUUAAUUUGGUGUCUGUUAUCAGCGGGACCUAUCUUGGCUUGGAUUAUAUGAGCAAACAAAAUGGAGGUGAAGGCGGGAUCAUUAUCAAUAUGUCCUCUCUAGCAGGGCUCAUGCCGGUGGCUCAGCAGCCGGUCUACUGUGCUUCCAAGCACGGCAUCAUAGGCUUCACGCGCUCGGCGGCGAUGGCGGCCAAUCUCAAGAACAGUGGUGUGAGACUGAACGCCAUUUGUCCAGGCUUUGUAAACACACCCAUUCUUGAAUCCAUUGAAAAAGAAGAAAAUAUGGGACAAUAUAUAGAAUAUAAGGAUCAAAUCAAGGCUAUGAUGAAAUACUAUGGAAUUUUGGACCCAUCUGUGAUAGCCAAUGGAUUAAUAACACUUAUUGAAGAUGAUAGCUUAAAUGGUGCUAUUAUGAAGAUCACAACUUCCAAGGGAAUUCAUUUUCAAGACUACGAUACAACUCCAUCUCAUUCAAAUGCCCAGUGAACAUCUCACCCAUCAGCCAUAACAAAACUAAGCACAAAUGACUUAUAUACAGACCAUAUCUUCAUUUGAAUACAACUUUUGAAAUGAAAUGCUAUUUUGGGGAGCUUCCUUCCAUGCACCUGAUAUUAACUGUUUUCUAAAUGAUUUGUUUACUAUAUGGUUAAAAAAAUUAUGAACUCAAACACAUGAUGUAGACCAAAGCUAGAUUUUGAUCUUUAGAGUCUGACUAAUGAUUAAAACAAAGGAUAUUCAAGGAAUAUUCUGCCUUUCAGAAAACAUUUAAAGUUAUGGUUCAGAAAUAUUAAUGUUUUUCGAGCAUCCUUUUACAGGAGAUACUCGAAUUAUUUAAUUCACACCAGAUGUAAAAGUUUAUUUUACUUCUACAUUCGCACUUUAAAAGAGAGGAGCUACCCACACUGGCCAGUGUUUUGUUACCACUAACUUGCACUCAUGUACCUUCGUCACGGCCAGUAGUUGAGAAAUAAAUUAUAGUGUGAGUAUAUCCUAAAUGAAAAAUCUCAUACGCAGAAAAAGGACUAUUGGGUCCACAGCAUAGCUUCCCAUCUAUGAAAGCUAUUUCCUCGCUUUUUGCUUAUUUUUAACUUUAAUUGACUCCCAAAAAAAUCUCAGGCAUGAAACUUCUCACAGUUACAACAAAAAAAGCCAGUGUUCCUGAAAAGUUUUAUUAUGAUAAGCUCAUUAACAAAAGAUUAGAAGUGUAUUUUUUCUUCGAUUGCAUCUUUGUUGAUUUGUUACAAUUUCACAAGAGCCUACUUUUCAAUGACUCUCCUUUUUCCUAAUCUCCAGAAAUUACUUAAUGUUUUAUGCAUAACUAUUGGAGAGUAGAAACCAAUUUUGUCACAAUCUCAACUGUAAAUGGUUUUUGUAUAGUCAAAGCCAUAACAAGAAAUAAAAAUAUGAUGUUUUGUAGUUUUUCUCUGCCAGCUAUUUUAAGGUUUUAUCAUUAAAAGCCCCAUUUGCCAGCAAUAAUUAAUCCUGAUAGUGAAUGUGCAAGUGAUUUAUUCAGCCUGCAGUACUCACAGCUUGGAGCAAAGGAUUUCCUAGAGAUACUGGAACAGUGUCGUGUCUUGCUCUGUUUUAAUUUUGGCACAGCACUAUUGCCCUCACUUUUAAGGAGUAAUUUGGACAUGAAUAGCUGUUGUCUUGUUUCAAAUACUGAGUUCAGAAAGCACCAGCAAAUGGACACUGAUGAGUAUCUAAUAUAGAUUAGUCAUAACUAGGCAUCAGUUUGCUUUUAGUUUGUGGCAGUAACAGCAGAAAUUAAUACAGGUACAUGAAUUAUCACUUAUUUUACAUAUUUCUCCACACUAAUUCUUCUCAAAGCUAUAGCUUAAAUUUUACAUUUAUGGGUAGAUUUUCUUUUGUACUGGCAGCCUUUAAUAUACUUUCUGCUUUGAAUGAAUUAUUUUAAAAUCCAGGAACUCUGCAAAUAUUUAGCAUCAAAAGCUGAAUAUAACUGAGAUUAAAAAUGUAUUAUGUAUUUUAAACUAAUUUUACAUUAAAAUGCUCUUAUAGGUAACUUUAAAUAAAUCGAUGAUGUUAUGUGAUGUCUCUAUGUACUGGGAGAGAAAAAAAUCUUAUAUUGGGGGACAGUCAAUGUAAAUAUGUAUUUUUUCAAAUGUAUUUUCUUAAUAAAUGAAAUAACACUUCUAAAACAGCACAAAUGAAAAUGUGUAAGCACUGAGAAAAGAUUAAUAGAUUAAAAGAUUAACUACAUUCAGCAGAUGUAGUUUCCCAUAUAAAAAUAAUUUUAGACACUAGUUUCAUUUCAGGUAUGUCCUUAUACAAUGACGUCUGUCUACUUUCACUGUCUCUGCUCACAACUGUAGGUGACUGAAGAGGUCUGAAAAUGUAAAUAUUUAAUAAAAUCCAA